AUGAAUUUGGAAGAAAUACUUCAAUAUAUUGAUCAAUCAGAUGAUUAUGUUGAUCCAAAUUUGAAUACGCAAACCAAACAAAAUAAAAAUAAAGAAACAGUUAUUAAAGAUGUGGAUUAUAGUGAAAUAUAUAACUAUCUUAUACGUGAUAAUUUGCCGAAUGAAUCGGAAUCGCACGAAUUUGAGGACUCUUCAGCGACAGAUAACACACUAACUGCCGAUAAAAAUGAGAAUAAUCAAGAGGAUUCCACAAAUAUAUGUAAUAAAGAAAAUGUAAUUAAUGGAUUUAUUUCGGAACUGCCAUUGGAAAGUGAAAUAACAUCGAUUUCUCCGGAAGUACUGGAUAAUAAAAUUACAUCGAAAUUUGACAAUGAGUUUGACUUAUCCGAGUCAAUAAAUAUCGCAACAGAAGCCAAUAAUAUACAAAAUGGAAGUGUAGAGGAGAAUAGAGAUAAUUGCCAGUGCGAAGAGGAUACGAAACAGCUGAUAGAAGAAGCAACGAAAGAUUGCGGAGAGUUAUUCGGCUACGUUAAGCAUUGCGUGAAUAUGCAGUUGUCGGAAUGGGAAAAUAAGCACAAGUUACACCUAAUAGAAAAGUUGAGGAAAAAGAGAGGAAGAUUGAAGAAGAUAGCAGAAAAGGAGAAUGGAGGGCACACGAUUGACGAAAGAGAGUCGAAGGAAGAUUUGACGCCGUACAUCUCGAAAAAGUAUUUGAAGACCCUGGGACUGCCGUCGAACACACUGCUGGAGGACGCGCAGUCGAAUAAGAUGACGAUAAGAUGUAGACAUAAGUUAUCAGGAAGUCUGGAGCUGCUGAAGAUAUUUGACGACAGGUUCUACGCAAUCGACGACGCGUCGAUCAAUAGAAUGACGAAGGCGGCGACGAACCUGCUGACGCCGACGUGUAUAUGCACGAGCACAGACCUGGUGCUGUUCGGAACAAUGUGCGGAUCAGUGUAUAUAUCUGAGUUCGCAACAUAUAACUUCGAGAGAAAGUUCUGCUCGUACAACGAGUACGAAGCAUUGGACACGACAAUCGACUCGAUGAACUGGUACGAAAUCGACAGCGAAAAGGGACUGUCAGUGACGUCGCUGGACGUUCUGCCGAACACAGGAUGGAUAACAGUGGGAUACAACGACGGAACAGUGAAGCUGCUGCAAAACUUUAAAGUCGCACGAGGGUCGAAGAGCCACGCAGGAGGGAAAGCAGAAGGACCGGAGGCGAGAAGCGGAGACACGAGAACGUUCGGACUGAUGGCGGACGCAGUGUCCUCAGCGUUCAGCGGAAUUAAGAAGACGAACUCACAAACAAUAUGCUCAACAGAUGUGUUCAACGACUCAGUGUUGAACUGCAAGUUCACGUUCUCAGAGUCGUACGAAGAGAUCAUAUGCUCGAACCUGAGGUCGAUAGCAAUACUGACGUACUCGAAAAACGUCCUCUCGCACAACCUUAACGUAAAUUACCUGCAGUCGCUUAACGAGAGGCUUGAAAAUGAUCAGAUAGUGGACAUAGUAUGCAUGUCGUCAAACCCACAAGCGAAGUUCAUAACGGGAGGAGACGCAGGAGGGAUCUGCGCAAUACUGACGCUGAAGAGCUGCCUGAUCUUCUCAACGAGGCCAAGACUGUCAAUACUGAUAAACGUAAGUCUGGAGAAGACAGGAAGGACGCCAGCGCCUGAGAUUGGGAUCGGUCAGGUGCCGAGCGUGACGUGGAUGAUAUUUAACAGCGGAAAGAAAAACAUAAAGCCAGUGCUGCUGAUAUCGAUGGGAAAUCAAAUAAGGUUCAUCCAGUGUAACCUGCAGACAGUGAAGGGCUCUCUGAGCAUGAACGUGGCGAGUCUGGGAACGAUGCAGUUCAAACACACAAUAAGAGCAAUAAGAAUAGUGACGAGGCUGAUUCUGGCAAUAGUGGACGGGCUUAACGUGUUGCAUAUAGUACAGGUUAACCUGACGAGCUCGCCAAUGUACUACGACGUGGUGAGGAGCCUGGACCUGACGGAGUUCAGCAGUAAAAUGGAGCUGGGAAUAGAAGUGUUUGACCCAGUGUGGCUGAUACAGACGAGUCUGCUGCCGACGAUAGCAGUGAGUCCGAAGACAGUGAAGAUGAUGGCGAAGGGCUACAAAAAGUUCUCGAACCUGGUCUCGGACAUGUUCCAGGGGAAGAAGCACGCGUCUUCAUUCGAGCUGAAAAACUUCACGAUACUUAUCCUGGUGCCGAACGGAAUGGUGGGAGUGGAAAUGAACUCGUGGAUCAAGGUUAUCGGAGAGCUCUCAGCAUCAAAGCUGUUCUGCGAAGGACUUGCGAUCAUCCAGGCGCUGUCCGAGGAGUGGGUGCCGGGACUGUACGACUUCAAGGCAUUCAAAAAUAACCUGAGCCAGCUGGUGCUGUACAUCCUGCACCAGUCCUCGGCGCACAUCAUCAAGCUCUCGAAGUUCGUGAGCGAGACUGCGAGCAUAUCGACGAACCUGCUGAACCUGGACUCGGAGGCGCCGCGCGAGGACCCGUGGAACAGCAAGGUCAAGAGCGACGUGUACGAGCAGGUAAACACGCUCUGCUGCGCAAUGAUAGACAGCUGCGUCUCCGCGAGAAUGUACGAGCCGCUGAAUGACCUGAUCUUCAGAUGCUUCGCAACGAUUAACCUGGAGCACGUCUUCGUUAAGCACAUCCUGAUGAACCUGCACCACGGAAGGAUCAGCCUCGAGUUCCUGAACUCGCAAAUCAUAGAAAGCAUAUGCAACACGUACGAGCUGGUGUUGGACGACAUGCACAGGCACUGCCUGCAGGAGCAGUGGCAGGCGGAGGACGAGAUACUGUACAUAGACCAGGCAGUGAGCACGAGUGCGCUGAGCAUCAAGGCAGUGAACAAUAAUGAGUCGGAAGGGAGUGACAAUGGAGAAACUAGGCCUGGUACGAGGAGCAACGAAAAGGAGAGAGUGUGCAGAUACAUAGAGGAAUUCGCAGAAAACACGAACGUAGGGACUUCAGAGUACCUGCUGAGGAGCUUCCAGUUUGACCCGAGAGUGCUGGUGUACCACAUCAUGUGCAACAACCUGUGUAAAAUACAGCUCUACUGCUUCAGAAACAACGUCAUCACGCAGACGAGCAAGGCGCUGAGCAGGAUCAGCAGGCACUACUGCUGGCACUGCCUAGUCUACUGCAACUCAGUGGUGCUGGACGACUACUCGAACGUCCUGGACAUAAUGCUGUCGCACAUAUGCACCAAGUGCAUGAAAAUACAGGAAGAUUUGGCGAGUGUUGGCACAGAAAAGGAGAGUGAUGAGAGCGUAGAUGAAAACGAGGCUAGAAAUUUGAAUGUAAAGGGGGAAUGCGUUGAAGGCGAAGAGGAGGCAAAGGGGAUAUGGUCUGAUGAAGGUGAUUGCGUUGAAGAGGAACCACAGAAACCACAGAAACCACAGGACUCAGGGUAUGCUCAGGAGGAACAUCGGAAAGACGAAGCACAUAAAGCAAAUGAACAAAAGGGGAGUCUGGACAUAGACGCAAAAGAGAUACAAAGAAAGAGGAGAGUUGAGGAAAAGAUCAGUGCUGGCAAGGUUAGUGAAAAGGAGGCAAUUCUGCCAAUGAGCAUAUCGGAAAGGCUGUUCGCAGUCAGAGUGCUCUUCCUGACGUUGGAGUCGUUCAUGACCUUUGAAAACUGCGGCCUGACGGACAACAUAGACGUGAGCAGCUACUGUAACCUGAUCAGGUACCUGUGCGCAACGGGGAGCUUCAAGCCCUCGUUCCCAAUCGAGGCGAAGGAGCUGUACACGAGGGAGGUAGAGUGGCAGGAAGAGGCGAAGGAGGAGGAGGAGCAGGAGCCCGGAGGGUCGAAGAAGUUCCCACACGACUUUAGGGACGUGGAGAUGACGCCAGUGUAUAAGCUGCUGACAAUAUCGCCAAGACUGCUAUUCGUGUGCAUACUUAACCUGUUCACAGAGUGCACAGACAAGUUCGCAGUGCACGCGAGCUUGAUAGGAAGUAAAGCGUCAACGUUUAACUUCGUGAUGAACGUGGUGGUCUCAGCAAUAUAUAAGUUGGAGGAGGAGCUUGACAGUAGAAGCACCAGAGUGAUGAAGAACAUGGCGGCGUUCCUCUUCCUGAGAGUGGCCUCGGGACCAGAAGAACUGAGCAUAAACCUGAACACAGCAGAAGUGGCGAUGUACACGCUCUUGAAGGAGAAGGAGUACGAAGGUCAGAGUAAAGCGACGGUACAGGCUGAGUGGGAGGCCUCCAAGGAGCUGAUACACCAGGAGGGCUACUUUAACGACGGAUACUUCAGCAGCGUAUUCUGCAGGAGAGACGAGGAGUUCGACCAGGAGCCGAUAAUGGCACUGAACGAACAGGCAGUGGAAAAGGCAAUAAGAGUAUACGUGGAAAACUACGUGCUGGCAAUAAGUACGAAGAUAAAGUGCGCCUCGGAUCUGGGAGAAAAUAAGCAGUUUGGACAGCUGGCGAGAAUGUGCAGUAACCUAAUGAGUCUGACGAGUGGGAGUCUGAAGUUCUUCCUGCACCACGUAACGGGAGACUUUGAGGUUAUCAUAGGAGAGUACGAGUCGUUUGAGAGAGAGGAGAGCGUGUUCGAGUACCUGGAGAGGUGCAUCGAGUACAUCAGCAAGAGCAACAGGGGCGCCCCCGAAAAAAUAGAUCACCUGCUGCUGACGGACGCAAAGAUCAGAAGGAGCUUCGUGAGAGCAAUACUGAAGAACCUGCAGAAGCUGAUAAAGCUGGACCUGAGCAAAGUGACGAACCUGCUGAUACAGCUCUUCUCGCUGAUGGAGGUGAUCAGGACGCUGGACGCGACGCUGGAAAUGUCGCCGGAAACGAUGCUGAACACGCUGAAGAAGCUCCCGGACCUGCAGAUACUGGUGCUCGACGCGCUGCUGAAGUCGAAGUCGAACACGGGCAACAUGCUGCAGCUGCCGAACUCGUACUUCAACAGGUACCUGAACCUGCUGAGCGUCCACGACAAGGCGAACGUGGCGAACUUCCUGCGCCGCCAGAAGAGCCUGAACAUAACCUACUGCCUCAGCGUCUGCAGAAAAAACGGAAUCGAGGACGCGGUGAUAUACCUGCUGCUGAGGGCGGGGAACGUCGAGGAGGCGGUGCAGCUGCUGCUCGUCUCCUUCGAGAGGAACAUCGGGGACGCGGCGACGCGCUCGACUCUGAUCGCGACAGCCCACAGCAUUUGCCAGGACUACCACAAUCAGAUAUCCUACGAGAUCAUAGAGAAGAUGUGGUUCACAAUGCUGCAGCUCUCAGUGGAGCGCCUGAACUCGCAAGUAGGCGAAAAGGCAGUGUGCGGGUCGAGGGAUAGCGCCGGCAGCUUUGGCAUUAAAUCCAACAAAUUGGCCGCCGCUAAUCGUAGUGGUGAGUAUACCGACCAUAAGAGUAUAACAUGUGAGUAUACCGACCAUAAGAGUAUAACAUGUGAGUAUACCGACCAUAAGAGUAUAACAUGUGAGACCAGCAGUGCCAAGGGUGUAAGUGCCGACGCAUUCAGCGCGACGGUGGCGGAAAUCUUCAACAACGGCAUUCUGAAGUACGUCAAGUUCCCCAACGCGCUCACGGAGGUCAUCAAGUACAAGGCGCGUCUGAGCAUCUUCAAAAGCCCACUCAACAACCUGCUCUCGGACUUCCAGCUGCAGACGUACAUCGUUAACAGCGCAUCGACGAUAUCGAAGAUCAUCAUGAACAAGGAGUUCAGGCAGAGCCAGGUCUUCAACAGCAGAGGAGUGGUCAUCAGCACGAUCAACAGGAACGCGAACAUAAACAGGAACCUGAUAUGCCCAGUCUGCAGCAAAAACCUCAUCUACAACAUCCACGCGGACGCGGAGCUGAUGCUGAAGCCGGAGAAGCACGCGCGGAAGACGAAGGGGGCGCACGCCGAGGAGGGCAAGAUGUCGCCCUUCGAGGAGCAGAUAGGCGUGCUGAGCAGCGUGCCCAUCCAGGGCGAGCGGGCGAGCGCGCCAGCGGAGCCGCCGCCGAUGAUCAGCAACAUCUACAACGACCGCCUGAGCACGUUCGUCACGAAGAGGGGCAGGGCGCUGAAGCCCUUCGGGCAGACGCAGAGCCUGGGGCCGUGCCCGCCGAUCAUCCAGACGAUAGCGAGGGACGCGGACUCGUUUCAGCGCGACCCGAUCAUAGUGUACUGGUGCUCGCAUUCGUUCCACCAGCGCUGCGCGCCUGACGCGUGCCCGAUCUGCAACUACUCGAGUUUAAUAGGCCCAAGGCCAAUUAUAAGAUGUAAAAUAGAUGGUGCACCAUGUGAAAUCAUUGAAAGGGUAAAUGAUUGA